CGGCCGGGCCGCAGCGAGCGGGAGGCGGCGAGCGCGGCCUGCCCCGGGAGCAUGGAGGACGAGGAGCCGGAGGAGGAGGAGGAGGAAAAAGAAGAGGGGGAGGAGAAGGAGGAGGAGGAUGAGGAGGAUGAGGGGAAGGAGAAGGAAAAGGAAGAAGAGGAGCCGGCUCCCUGUCCCCUGACGGAGGAAAUCCUCAAGGAGGGCCUCUCUCUCCUCAGUAAGACCGGCGACGGGCUGGCCCACGCCUACGUGAAGUUUGAAGCCAAAGACAAGGGCCUGACAGACAUCAGCCUCCUCGAACGCUUCGUUCACCUGCGGUAUGUGGAUUUGUCAAAGAACAAGCUGAAAGAUUUGGCCCCACUGAGCAGCCUAACCCAGCUGCUUUGGCUGAAGGUGGAUGAGAAUCUGCUCACCAGUGCCAGCAUGCAGGAGAUGCCCUACCUCCAAGUCAUCAGCUUUGAUGGCAACCAGAUCACGGAUUUGGAGGGCAUUACUCACCCACUCCUAGCCAACCUCAGCCUUAAAGAAAAUAAAAUCCAGACAGUGCUGGGGCUGAGUCAAGACCAGUUGUUCAGCCUGCAAGUCCUGGAGCUGCGAGGAAACCAGCUAAAGACCACAGCGGGACUCGGUGUUUCCAAGCUCAAGAAGCUCUAUCUGGCCAAGAACACCAUUUGCAGCCUUGAAGGCCUUGAGGAGUUUGAGCAGCUGGAGACUCUGCACCUGCGUGACAACAAGCUUGAGGCCCUGGAUGGCUUCUCUGAUAGCAUGAAGUGCCUGCAGUACCUCAAUCUACGGAGCAAUGGGAUCAAAAGCUUUCAGGAGGUGGAAAAGCUGCAGGUUCUCCCCAUGCUGCAGGCACUGGUGCUGAUGGACAAUCCGUGUGCUGAAGAACCCGAUUACCGGCUGCAGGUCCUGUCCCGGCUGUCUCAGCUGCAACGCCUCGACAAGGAAUUGGUUGAGGAAGAGGAGUGGGAAGAGGCGGAGAGACUCCGUCAGACAAGGAAGGAAAAAGAAAAGGAAGUGGAAGAAUCUCUUGAGGAUACAGUGGAUGAGUGACCCGUUUUUAACACCUGUUUCCAGAGGCUGUCAAGAUGUAGUGAUGCCUUUCCCCAUAUGUGAGGCUGGGAAAGUGAGAACUGUAGGUCCCAGCUUCACCUCAUUUUACCUCUGGAGAAAAGAGGAGUGCUACCGACCCUGGUCCUGGAAGCUGCCCUGAGGCACUGCAGUGUUUUUGCAGUCACUGCAUUACGUUCUAUUCUCAGUAGGCCUGAGAGGGGAAAGGGGAGUGUUACAGGUUCUGUGGUUCAAUUUGAUUCCCAAAAACCCUGCAAGAUUUUCUGAUUUGAAUAAAAAUAAUUAAUGAGCCUGGA